CAUUUAACCCAGUUGUGUUUUAAAUGUUGUGGAAGUCAGUUGUUUAGGCGAUAAAUACGUAGAAAGAUAUACGGAGUUAAAUCGAAAAUAAUUUUAGAAAAUAAUUCAAUAUUUAGAGAGCAAAAAGAGAAUAGAUUCCAAGAACUAGAAACAAUGAAGAAAGAGAAAUAAUAAUGGAAUUAAGAGACUAACACAUAGAACAAUGAAUACGCAACAGAAAAAUAUAGAUUUCGUAAUUUUUAGUUUCUUUGUUCGCGCAACGAAGUGAAACGACGUUAUUGUCGAGACGUUUUUAAUAAAUAAAAUUUGGUGAAUAAAAUCUCUUUGAAAAUAUAAAUUUUAAAGUUUUUAAAAAUAUUUCAUAGAACUGGAUGGAAUAAAAAUAAAACGCAAAUUAUUUUGAUGACAUUUAAUCAGAAGAUAGUGUCGAUAAUACUUAAUAAUAUUUUACACAAAUCAUUAAAAAAGAUAUCACAAAAGUUAAUCAACCACUCAAGGAUUUUUUGUUCUUGUAGUUAUCAAUUCGGGCGUCAAUCUUAAUAAAGGGAGAUACUUUAUUGCAACAAAUAAAUUUACAUUUCUUUUCAAAUCUAAUAUAAUUGGAAAAUUUCGCCCUUAUUUCAUCACGUUUGACUUUGGCCAAGAACAACAAUUGCAGCAAAAAAAUAUAGAAACCGACGACUGUACAAUUUUUUCAAAGACGUUAAUACUACUGUACUCAGUAAACAGUACAUCGUAUUAAGAAAGAAACGUUAAACUAAAUAAUUAAUUUGCGACUUUGAAACAUCAAAAUUUAAUCAUUUCAUAUAUUUGUUAAGUAAAAUAAUCAAAUUUAAACGAAUUAUUUGAAAUUUUGAUUUUCAAAGUGUAAAUAUUUAACUGAUUUUUUCACUCUCUUGGAGUAUUAGCUCCGAACGAGGGUUUUGAAAAAAUCAAUAGAGAGGUAAACAAGGAUAAAGACAUGUCAGCAGAUUCACCUAGGCGUUCUUCUGGUAAUGCCAGUCGUGGUAUGAUGGCGGUUCCUGCUAUAGUACCACCACAGGUUGUUAGUGAUCGAUCAAUUUUGGAUUCAGCUAUUGGCUUUAUUAAUGAAGUCACUUUAGCCCAGCAGCCUCCAAUAGAUCCGAAAGAUACUAUAACUUGGGCAAGAUUUGAAACAGCUGCUGAUAUAAGCGACCCACGUUUUGGAGAUGAUUGGGAAUUAGAAGGUAAUGUUGCGCCUCCACUUCUAUUAAUACUGGGGUAUGGUUUGGGUGUUCAAGUUUGGGCAAUACCAGCGAAUGGUGAAGCCGUUGAAGUACUUUCUUGGCGACAUGGCAUAGUGUCGGCUCUAAGAGUUCUUCCAACUCCGGUUUCAACAGUAGCUGUAGAAGAAAAUGGUCGUGCUGAUGAACCCAUUGAUGCAUUUGGAGAGAAAAGGCCUUUAAUUGCUUUAGUAGAUGGAAGCUCAACGUCGGGAUCUCAACCACAGUUCUGUGCAGUUAAUUUUAUAUCUCUUAAAACUGCCGCGCAGGUGAAAACUAUUAAGUUUAAAAAUCCAGUUAUUGAUAUAUUGGCUAAUCGUUCGUCGGUAGUUAUUACUUUUCAUGAACGUAUUGCCGUUUUUGAUGCCCGUACUUUGGAGGAUCGCUUAUCGAUUACAACAUGCUAUCCCAGUCCAGGUAUAAAUCCUAAUCCUGCAGCCUUAGGUCCACGAUGGUUAGCAUAUGCGGAAAAUAAACUUUUGCAUUCAAAGCGUAGUGGAGGUGGCUGUGAUGGAGAUGGCGUAGCAAGUUAUACAGCCACUGUACUGAAUGCCUCAAAAUCAUUAGUAAAAGGCUUACGAGAGUUAGGAGAACAAGUCGCUGCUGGAUUGACGGGCACUACUGGCAGUACAAGCAAUUCUAAGAAUACGUCCUUUGAUUCCGGUUGUGGUCUUGAAACGAAACAAUCUGGUAUAGUUACCAUUAUAGAUAUAAAGAAUCCUCUGCGUGAUUGCAGUCCCACUUCGGGUUUGUCAACAUCUAACAAUCAAACAGCGGGGACCGAUUCAAUUAUAGCUCAUUUUAUAGCGCACUCGGAAGCAUUGGUUGCAAUGGAGUUCGAUAAUUCAGGAAUGCUUUUAGUAACAGCUGAUCGAAGAGGGCAUGACUUUCACGUGUUUCGUAUUCAACCGAAUCCUGUCGGUUCCAGUCUUGCAGCCGUACAUCAUCUAUAUAUAUUACAUCGUGGCGAUACAAGUGCCAAAGUGCAAAACAUAACGUUAACACUGGAUUCGCGCUGGGUUGCUGUUUCAACACUUCGAGGCACAACCCAUGUGUUUCCCAUUACGCCAUAUGGAGGUGCUAUGGGUGUAAGAACUCACACUUCUCUGCAUGUGGUUAAUAAAUUAUCUCGUUUUCAUCGUUCAGCCGGCCUAUCGGCUGAAGGACGCUCGAAUUCCCCAAUUUCACAUUCGGAAAGUACAACAUUCACCCAAUCUCUGCAGCCUUAUCACAAUUCAACUUUACCGCCGUUUCCCCGCCCAACGGUAGUUAUGCCGUUAGCUCAGUUGAGACAACCAUUUGCUCUGGGAUCUCCACCGGGGUCGUCAACUUUAGCAGGAGUUAAAUCUGUUACAGGAAGCUCGGGAUCAGGAUCACAGCGUCAAAGAUUAUCCUCAUUAUCAGAUGAUAGCGGAAAGCCACUAAGUGUUUGUGCUAUUUUUGCAAAAUCACGAUCGUGGCUUUUGGACCCCCCAAAUGUUACUCGGGAAGCUCCACACCGUAUACAGCGCAAAGCUGUAGAUUCCUUGUUUAUAAUGGCCGGACACGGAGCUCUUAUACAAUACGAUUUGGAUACAAAACUUGCUUCAAAUGUUGCCAAAGAUAAAAUAUGUGACGAUACUCCCAUUGAAUUAGAAGUAGAAGCAAAAGCACAAUGGAACUUGGGUAGGCGUAAAGAAGGGUCUCAGGAGAUAAUGCCCCCACUAUCAGCAGAUAAUUGGUUAAUUAAAAAUCGCAAUUCUUGCAUGUUAACCGAUAGCGCUCGCCAAUACGAUGACUCAGAUGAUCGGAGCGAAUCUUGGCUAGCGCAGGUUGAAAUUAUAACACACGCUGGACCUCAUAGACGUCUCUGGAUGGGACCCCAAUUUGUAUUUAAGACUUAUAACACACCAAGCGGGUCAAAUUUAAGUCAUGUCGAAAUUGAAGCAGUAGAAAUAGGUACAUCAAAAUCUAGCACUAAUUCAACUUCCGAAAAAAUUGAUCAUUCAAGCCCUUUGAAUAUGCCCUUAACUGCAACAAGUCGCUCUAGUGCUGUACCGGUUCUUAUAGAAUCUGGAUCAUACAGCAGCAUUGAACAAAGCCCCAAACUGAUGGAUCGUUUUCGUCACGAUCAUUUAGAUUCUGACUUUUCCGUAGCUCAUGGUGAUUCUCGUUUAAAAGAAGACUUGGCCGAUGCAAUGCGCGAAUCUCCUUCUGCAACCGCUUCCUCUAAAGACAGUGGUUGUCAUGGUUGUGAAACUGCCGGUUCUAGUGAUAAUGUUGCAUUUUUUGACGCACUAACUGCUGAGGAUGAUCAUGCUCGUUCCGCAUCAGCCGCUGCCCUCGCCAGUGUCCUUCCUAACAUUCAUUCGUAUGAUAACAGUUCGAGCUAUGAGUCCUUAGAUACGUUAAAAAUGUCAAAGGCUUCUAUCGAGAAGAUUGUAAACCCCCUAGGAACGGUGACCACCAUUACAUCUUGUCUAACUGCCGACGUUAAAACCGAUAUUUUGGACGAAGUUGUUUCUCAGCUGGCUGCAGAAGAUACAAUUAUACAUGAAAACUGCGAUGAAAGUCUGUUUCGUCCUGUUGUAGCCAUAUUUUGCGACGAGAAGGCUAUUCUUCAAAACAAAGAAGAAGCUCGAAAAAAUAAUGAACAAUAUCAGGCUCCUGAAAAUAUAAGCAAUAAACUUGUGGUACCAGUUAUAGCCAAAGAGGUUAACGAUGAACUUAAUAAACGUGAAAAGGAAAAGAUAAGUGUUACCAAAUAUAAGGCAAUAGUUUCAAAGAAAUCGGGAAAAGAGCAACCAAAAUUUGAAGAAUUGUCAUCAUUGAAUAAGAAAACAAAAGAAGAAGAAGACAAUAUUUGUGAAAAAAUUCAUAACCAAAAUAGCAAAUCUACACUUUUACCGGAAAAAAAUUUAAGUGAGAUAAAGAAAACAUGCUCAAAAAAUCAAUCUGUUUUAAAAGGAAACUCAUCUGGAAUCAUAAGCUCAACGAAGGAGCUACAAACACAAGAAAAAGCUACGCUUUCACUGAAAACAGAUAAACAGCCAGCGGAGUCUAAAAAACCUGAUAAAGCUAGUAGAUCACAAAUACAACAGAAAGGAGAUUUUAAAAUGCAAACCCAAAAGGAAUUAGAAAAUUCUGAUUUUGCAGAAACAAAAUUGGAAAAGCAAUCUAAUUUAAAAAAAAUGCAUGAGGAUUCCAAUUUAAAAGAUGAUUUGUCAAAGGCUGAAGCUACCACAACAAAAGAAAAAUUUAGAAAUUUAAAUAGCAGUGAACAGAAUAAAGAAGAGCACAUUAGGAAUACGGCUAAAGUAUCCAAUGAUCGUGUAUGUCACGAAUAUAUUAGUGAAGCAAUCACUAAUGUUAAAUUUACUGCCAAUAUUUCUACCAAAGCAGACCAAAUAGACGUUACAGAAAAUGUGAUGGAUAUCGAAAACUUUCCGAAUAAGUCAGACGCGAAUUUAAAGAACAAUGGAAACUUAACAUCUCAGAAUUUAAUCAAAAAGAACACUGCCACGAAAGAAAAAAUAAAUAAAACUAAGGGUUCUAUUAAAACUAUCAAAUCGGGAGUAAAUGACACUUUAAUAACUAAACCGAACGACGAUCACCAACCCAGUGAUUCUUUAUUUGAAAUUAAGAAAAAUGGAAAACAAAUUAAAGCUACUGAAAAAGUUAAAAGCAUGGAAACAGAAAAUGAAAAGCCAGGUGAAAUUGCUACAAAUAUGGCUUUGAAUAACGACCCUCAAUCUAAAGAUAUUGUUGAAUUGCAAGGUACGAGUGAGACUAAAAAAAGCCACAUCAAUAUUAAGAACAAUGACAAUCCAAACAGUAAGAAUAGUGUUGAAGCGACGAAAAGCGAAAAAAAUAAAAGAGUUUCUAAUGAAGAAAACUCCACUGGCAUUGCAAUUUCAGGAAAUAUAAAAUUUGAGGUGCUUUCGUAUAAUAAAAAGGCGAUAUUAGAUGACAUCAGUUUAAAUGAAGAAAUUUCCGAUUAUGACCACCAACGCACAAAAUCAGAAUAUAAAGACAAAUCUCGUAAGACUAAGUCGGAUGAUAAUUUAUUGAAAAGUACAAUUAGCACAGAUUCCACAGAAAUUUUGGAAUGUGAUAGACAAAUUGAUAAGGCCAUAGAAACUAAUAAAAUAAUAACUGACCAUGUUAAAAGGGAAAAUCCAUCUGAAAUUAUAAUUGAUCCCGAAAAGAAAGAAAAUAGUAAUGAAAGAAAUAUUGAAAUAUUACAUUUUAAAGAAAAUGAAAUUAAAACUGAAGAAGAACUAAAAAAAAUAAGCAAAAUUAGUGAGGAUUCUGCCAAAAAUGAAGCUAACGAUGAAAUUAACUUGAAGACAGUCCCAGUCUGUAAGAACUCCAAUCCAUCAAAAACUAGCAAUGAACUUACACCAAAAAGAAGCCUCAUUCAAGAUUUGACUAAUACUCAUAAAGAAGAAUUAUGUGAUACAAAACAGGAUAAUAAAUCGUCAUCAAUUGAAACCAUGAACAACGCACCAGCACCAACAUCGCCUAAAAAAAAAGGAAAGGCAAUGUCCAAAGAUGAACUAAAAAAAGGAGUUGGUGUCAAUAAAAAAAUACCAUCGGAUUUGGGGACAUAUAACAAAGAGAAUUCAGAAAAUCCUGAAAAAUGUAUUGAAAAAAGAGAUGUUUUUAAAGAGGACAACAAAUAUUUAAAAAAGAAGUCAAUUGAAAAAGAAUUUAUCGAAAAUACUUUAGAAGUUUGUGGAAAACAAAACAAACUAGUAAAUAAAAUACAAAACCCACCCCUUCCGAUGACAUCUGCUCGGAAAACUUUAAGUGGUGCGGAAAUGAUAAGUAAAAAUCUCGGCAAAUCGGGUGACGGUAACACCAAGUUUCCCCAGUUAGGAACUGUAAGCAAAAUUAAUGCUUCUGAUAAGUUGUUACCUGAACUUCCUACUCCAAAUGAUACAGAAAAACAAACAAGAUUCGAUGAGUUUUCAAUAUUAAAAACCUUGGAUCCAUUGCCUCCUUUACCUGCCCUCGAGCCCCUGCAAUUGAUGUCGGAAAAUAAAAGCAGCUCUCUGAUGGAUAUAAGUUUAAUAAAUUUUGAGAGUCCUUUGCAAGAAAAUCCUACACUGCAACGAAAAAUAACUCCUGCUCCCCGAGGAUUUACGGAAAAGAAUCUGAUUCUGGCUCUUUGUGGAUCUUUACAUUAUGAAAAUGAACAUACUAUUGGAUCCGCAGAGAAUACAGACCUUUCUCCGGCAUUUUCGUCAAAUCAUUCUUCUGCAGCUUUUGAGGAACCUUCGCUUGCUGACUAUAAAUCACUUAAUGAGAAUGAGGAUCCCUACAUGAGCUUGGAACAAAGUUCACAGGAAACAAACACGACUACAACCAAUACAACCAAUGAGAAGUUCUCUUCAUCGACGUAUUCUUCAGGAUCGGAAGAAAUUGUUAUAAUGGAGGAGAAGAAAAUGACAAAAAAGCAAAAGCGCAAAAAGCAGCAACAAGUAAAAGAAUUGCAAAAGCAAAAGGAGCAACAACAACAUCAAGAAAUUGACGAUGAAGAAUUGCGACCUCUAAUAGCCAUGACAGAGUCACAUGUUGAUCAAACAACUAAUGUUUCUGAUGACACAUUGUCAGCAUCAACUGCAAAAUGUGAUAGUAACCAACCAUUGAAGACACAGCCACUUUUGCACUCGAAUACCACAGAUAGCGAGGGUCCCAUGCCAGCAACAACAUCUGACGAUAAUGCUUUUUCGAUCCCCGUUACAACAGUUCACAACCAACAUAAAAUAAAGACAAAAAAAUUAGAACAUAAAAUUAAUUUGAUUGCCGCCAUUGAAGCAGCAACAUCUUCGUCAACAUCAUCAGCAGAAGAGAGUGGUGUUGAGUUAGGAGGACGUUCCUCUCACGACAUUGACGAAUCAUUGAUCUCGGUAGCAAGUAGUAUAUCUACAUCUAUCAUACCUCUUCCCAUUGUGACGACGCCCCAAACAACAGUGGGGGCCUUAAAAAAGAAAACUAAAAGACGCAAGAGAUAAGAAUUAGCCAUUUGUUUGUUUUGUAUUUCUUGUUUAAUAUUCAUUUAUUACUUCUAUAUCGUAUAUUUAAGAUAUUACAUAGAAUCUACAAACGGUUACGAUACAUCGAAAUCAUUUAAAGAACCAUUCUUGGCGAACGAAUAAAAUGUACAUUGAAUUAAUAGAUGGACUCACCCUCUAUGUAAAGCAAAA